AUGUGCCCCUCUGGUGAAGGUUGCGCCUGGAAUGGUGGUCAUUGUCAGUCGGGAUACUUUGUCUCGCCGCCGCACAUUGCGGCCUUUGAGCAUCGAACAUAUUGUUACCUCAAGGAAUUUGUCGAAUCACACUCGAUUCCUUGCGAUUGGCGUGCCACAACGGGUCUCUUUGCCACCGCCAAGAAGAUGAUCGAAACGAUUCAGGCAAAGUAUCCAGAUAUUGGAGCAAACAUUGUAGUUGUCACAAAGGAGGGCUGCAAAUCUCCCUCCAUCGUUUUACAAAGUGAGAGGAGCUUGAAGAAGCUUACAUUAGAGGACUUGCGAGUCGGUGCCGCCCAAGGCGCUGUCGUGCAGACGAAUGCUGCCAGCCUCUGGCCGUACAAGCUUGUUGCCUUUGUGCUGGAACGUCUCCUGACGGCUGGUGGUUUCAAUCUACAGACGAAUACUCCAGUUACAGGCCUCAAAAGAGCAGCGUUCGGACGCUGGACAGCUCACACAUCCCGUGGCGACAUUUCAGCCCGGCAUGUUCUCCUAGCGACAAAUGUGUAUACUUCUCAUCUGCUUCCCCAGUUUGCAGACAUCAUCGUGCCGGUCAGAGGCCAAGUAUCCAGCCUCAAGUCAUCGCCAUCGGCACAGCCCGCCAAAGAUCCGCUGGACAUUGGACACACGUUCUAUUUCGUCUCUGAUCUCACCGACCGCAGAGAUGACUACCUAGCACAAAGACCUCCUCCAGGUGCGGAACUGAUCUAUGGCGGCGGACGCAUCCACGCAAAGGGCCACGGACUUGGCGUCUUGAUGGAUCUCUCGAUACGCGAUCAAGGAAAUGUGCAAGGGGAACACGGGAUCCACUCAUUGAAGCCAGAUAUCGAACCGACCUUUGAAUGGUCAGGCAUCAUGGGAUUCUCGCGCGACGGCUGGCCGUGGGUUGGUCCUGUGCCGGAAACUGCUGGUGGUGGAGGCGGACUUUGGCUGUGUGCCGGAUACUCUGGCGGCGGCAUGCCCAACGCGGCUCUGUGUGCUAAGGCGGUUGUUGAUAUGAUGAUUCCUGGCCACGGGGAUGGGGAUGAGAUGGCCGGCCAGGUAGAUCUACCUCCCGAGUAUCUCCUUACCCAGGAGCGACUCGAAAAGGCCAGAGUAUGCGAGACCGUCGCAGAAGCGGACAAGAAGGGGGCAUUCAUGUUGGACUUGGACAUAUUUUGA